GCUCUAGGAGGGCGUGACGCUGCCCGCACGUCUCCUCCCCGUCCUUUGGCCUCCGAGAAGCGCGCAACGACUCCCACGUCCUCGAUUGAAUCUCGGUCGCGUUCUGAUCCGUAGGAAACGCAAGCCGGACUCUGCAGAGGCCCCGGGCCCACGGAGCGAUUGAAUCCCUCUCUGGAACUGGUAAAUGUUUUUUACCAGAGGAAACGUUUCCUGUCCAGUAAAGUCAAUGGCUUAACUUCGGCAAAUACUGGUGUGACUUUGCUUCUGCUAUGCUCCACGAAGCUUGAGUCUGAAGGAUACAGUGCUUUUUGUGAUGACAAUAUGACUCACAGUAAAGGAAGAUCUGUCACUUGCAAGACAAGUGGCAGUCCAGAUAGUGGAGGAGGUUUUGUAGAUUGGACUUUAAAUUUAAACACAAUUCAGUCUGACAAGUUUUUGAACUUACUUUUAAGUAUGGUGCCAGUCAUUUACCAGAAGAACCAGGAAGACAGGCAUAAAAAAGCAAAUGGCAUUUGGCAGGAUGGACUGUCAGUUGCAGCCCAGACCUUCAGCAAGAGGUCAGAGCCACAUCUGGACUACCACGAGUUCUCAGAGCAGGCUUUCCACAGCAGCAGUGGGCAUGCUCCAGCCAGCUGCAGCCCCAAAUAUGACGACUAUGCCAGCUAUAACUACUGUGAUGGGAGGGAGGCUUCAGAAACCACAGCCAUGUUACAGGACGAAGAUCUGUCCAGUGAGGGUGAUGAUGUUAUUGUGGAAACAAACCAGAAGCUACCCAAGGAGUCUAGUGGCAUCAUGGCUCUGCAGAUACUCGUGCCAUUCUUGCUGGCUGGGUUUGGAACAGUCUCUGCCGGCAUGGUUUUGGACAUAGUACAGCAUUGGGAGGUGUUCAAGAACGUGACAGAAGUUUUCAUUUUAGUCCCUGCACUUCUUGGUCUCAAAGGGAACUUGGAAAUGACACUGGCUUCUCGAUUAUCCACUGCAGUAAAUGUUGGGAAGAUGGACUCACCCAUUGAAAAGUGGAAUCUAAUCAUUGGCAACUUGGCUUUAAAGCAGGUUCAGGCCACAGUGGUUGGCUUUUUAGCAGCCGUGGCUGCGAUCAUCUUGGGCUGGAUUCCAGAAGGGAAAUAUUACCUCAGCCACUCUGUACUUCUGUGCUCUAGCAGUGUGGCGACUGCCUUCAUUGCAUCUCUUCUGCAGGGAAUAAUAAUGGUUGGUGUUAUUGUUGGCUCAAAGAAGACAGGCAUAAACCCCGACAACGUGGCCACACCCAUUGCGGCUAGUUUUGGUGAUCUGAUAACCCUUGCCAUAUUAGCAUGGAUAAGUCAGGGUUUGUACUCCUGUCUUGAGACAUAUUAUUACAUUUCUCCAUUAGUUUGUGCCUUUUUCUUGGCUUUGACACCUAUUUGGAUUAUAAUAGCUGCCAAACAUCCUGCUACCAGGACAGUGCUCCACUCAGGCUGGGAGCCCGUCAUAACAGCCAUGGUCAUCAGCAGCAUUGGGGGCCUUAUUCUGGAUACAACUGUAUCUGACCCAAACUUGGUUGGGAUUGUCGUUUACACGCCAGUUAUCAAUGGUAAGACUUGAAGGUACUGCUUCGUGAUGACAUCACUCUCAGGUACCCACCCUGGUCUCAGCACAUAGAACACUUUUUGGAAAAGAGCUGUUUCUCAGUUAUUUUUGUUACAUGUUGGUUGACAGGCACACAUGACUUAUAAAACUGACGUGACAAAAUACAGUAUUUUGCCUCUGAGUUGUCCUUUCCCUUUCUGGUGCACCUGCUGUUCUUAUAUUUGCUUUUGUUGGUUAUCUUAGAAGAAACAGAAUUAGCCAGAUUUGACUAUUACCUAAAUUCACUCCAUUCUCUAUUCUGCUAUUCCUCUGACACCUGAAAACCCUGCCUCAUAAUUUUCUUGCCUAUAAAAUGAAAAUUAUAAUCCUUAUAUUGUAUAAUACAUACAUUAAAGUAUGUUAAAAUAA